UAUGUCAUAGACUACAGAUCAUGAAUACAUUUUUCAAAGGGCAGAGAGAGAGAGAGAGAGAGAGAGAGGGAAAGUUCAGAGCCAGCAUGAAGGCACAGCAUGAGAGUUUUGUUGGCAGCUGCCCAUCCAGCCAUCAUGCUUCUUUACACGUCACAUGUGUCAUUAGCAUGUCUUCUCCACCCUUAGGUGUGACUUUUAGUUAAGAUGAGGGGAAAGGUCUACCAGAGGGCAACUCUGGGCUUCAUCCUUGCAGCACCCCAUUUGCACUGGCUUAGCCAGGGCGGUGGGCCUGCUCCCAGGACUGCCACACCCUCUGCUGUUGAAGGGGGUGUCGGUCACUUAGAGGCUUUUCUUUAGUAAGCGGACUUAAGCUUUGGCUUAAGGCUCAGGCAGGUGGCCAAGUCCACCACCUAGAUCACCUCAGUGGCAAGAGAAACACAAAGCUGGUGGGGCCUGCUCAGCACUCAGGAGACCCCGACAAGGCCUCCGCAGCAUCCUGCCCAGCAGCUUAUCUCUGCAGAGCAGUGACUGGACCACACGUCAGCACCAGGAACCAGACACUGAACAGUUGCUUCUGCCUUUCUGAUAACAGGUGUUUCUUUAUUUUCUAAAUGUGAAACUGAGAGUGGGAAACCCCUGUGUCACUAGGGGAGGAGAUGGCUCCCUCUGUGUGCUAAACAGCUAUGACCAAAAAACUUAAAAGGUCCUCUUCUUUUUCUUUUUUUUUGCAGUUUUUGGCCAGGGCUGGGUUUGAACCCGCCACCUCUGGUAUAUGGGGCCAGUGACCUACUCCUUGAGCCACAGGUGCCACCCCUUAAGCCUCUAAGUUUCUUUUUUUCUUGAGACAGAGCCUCAAGCUAUUGCCCUGGGUAGAGUGCGGUGGCAUCACAGCUCACAGCAACUUCCAACUCCUGGGCUCAAGCAUUUCUUCUGCCUCUGCCUCCCAAGUAGCUGAGACUACAGGUGCCUGCCACCAUGCCUGGCUAUUUCUUUUUUGGUUGCAGCCGUCAUUGUUGUUCAGUAGGCCCAGGCUAGAUUCGAACCUGCCAGUUCAGGUGUAUGUGGCUGGCGCCUUAGCUGCUUGGGCCACAGGCACCGAGCCAGAUGCCGCCCCUUAAAAAGUCCUCUUGGCCUGGCCCAGCAGCUCAUACCUGUAUCCUGUAAUCCCAGCACUCUCAGAGGCCAAGACAGGAGGAGCACUUGAGCUCAGGAAUGCAAGACCAGCCUGAUGAAGAGCUAGACCCUAUCUCUACAAAACAGAAAAACUAGCCUGGUAUAGUGGUGGGUGCCUAUAGUUCGAGCUACUCAGGAGGCUGAGGAAGGAGGAUCACUUGAGCCCAGGAGUCUGAGGUUGCUGUGAGCUAGGCUGCUGCCAUGGCACUCUAGCUUGGGGGCAACAGAGUGAGACUGUCUCCAAAAAAAAAAAAAAAAAAAAAAAUCCUCUAAUUGCAGUUGGUUUAGGGAGAGGCUAUGCCUAUAAUUUAUGCUCCAAUCACAGCUCUACAAUUUUACAAGCUUUUCCUCUCUACUGCAAAGCAGGCUUAUAACUGUUUCACUCUGACAUUCUGAUCACUUUUGCCACCUUUGAGAAAAGCUAGGAUUCCCAUCUUAAUUAGAAUAGGACAGUUUAUUACAGCUGGAGAUCCAAGAAUAAGGGUUGCAAGGCAGUUCAGGUUGAGGGGCUGGGGGGCCUGGCUGAGGUCUGUCUGCAGCCACUUGUCAAGGCUCCUUAAGGGCUAACUGUGCCCUGCUGGAGGUUCUGUUGUCCCAGGACUUUUCAAACUUUCUUGUCCAAAACCCACAACGAGAAAUACACUGUUUUAAAACAUUCUAUUUUCUUUUUUUUUUGUAGAGACAGAGUCUUACUUUAUGGCCCUCGGUAGAGUGCCGUGGCCUCACACAGCUCACAGCAACCUCCAACUCCUGGGCUUAAGCGAUUCUCUUGCCUCAGCCUCCCGAGUAGCUGGGACUACAGGUGCCUGCCACAAUGCCCGGCUAUUUUUUGGUUGCAGUUCAGCCAGGGCAGGUUUGAACCCGCCACCCUCAGUAUAUGGGGCUGGCGCCUUACCGACUGAGCCACAGGCACCGCCCAAAAAACAUUCUAUUUUCAAAUAUUCCAAACAUACAGAGAAGUUGAAAGAAUCUCACAGUAAGCACACAUGUAGCACCCCUCAGAUACUGUCAAUGUCACGCCAUCUUCACACCAUAUCUCUCUUCACCUUCAACAUGUCUCAAGUCUCAGACACACGUCUUCCUGACCACUUCUGCAUGUGUGCCACUGACUACAGUUCAAUAUUUGUUUACAAUUCAAUUUUUAGAUAAACUCAUAGUGUAAAAUGCACAAGUCUUAGUGCACCCUCAAGCGUUGACAAAUUCUUACACCUCUGUGACCCUAGCCCUGUCACAGUGAUUUCCAUCACCCAAGAACCGUCCCUCACAGUCCUUCCUGUAGUACCCAGCAAAAGGACCCCUAGAAUCCCCUAAUUGUCUCAGCCUGAGUCCCCGCACGUUUCAACCCCACCUUGGGUUAAUUCUGAGGACAGGUUUCAGAACAAGAAAGUUCCCUGAGUUCUCAAAAACUCCUAGACACAGGUUAAAACAAUGGUGAAAACUUACUCAAGCAGAAAUUCCCAAGCCACUGAGUCUCCCAAGCUGUCCCAGUGCCAACCACUACAUUGUAGCCCCCAACUGUAACCCUGUCCCUAAGCUAACCAGCCACAUUCUGCUUCUGUGUUUGUUCUCUUGCUUGCCACACAGCAACAAAAAAAGGCAUAAAAGGCAGUCUGCUUUUCUCUUCGGGGCCAUUUGGUCUUUGGGGCAGGGGCCCGCCUGCACAGGUGUAAUAAAUUACCAUUUGAUUUAUACCUGAAGUGGGGUCCAAGUUUUUCUUACAGGUGGAACAUGAGUACAACAUUUCAAGGCAAUUCCUUCCCCCAGCCCCCAACCACUGUUUGGUUUAAGAAAUUCAUUUUAGGCUCGGCACCUGUAGCUCAAGCAGCUAGGAUGCCAGCCAUAUACACUGGAGCUGGUGGGUUCGAAUCCAGCCUGGGCUCACCAAACAAUGACAACUAUAACCAAAAAAUAGCUGGGCAUUGUGGUGGGCGCCUGUAGUCCCAGCUACUCGGGAGGCUGAGGUGAGAGGAUUGCCUGAGCCCACAAGUUUGAGGGUGCUGUGAGCUAUGACACCAGAGCACUCUACCUAGGGUGACGGAGACUCUUUCUCAAAACAACAAAAAAGAAAUUCAUUUUGCAUGGUGCACACAUACCAAAACUAAACUUCAAAAUAUUGCCUUAAAGAUGUGGGUCUCUGCGGCACCCAUAUCUCAGUGGGUAGGGCCCUGGCCACAUACACAGAAGCUGGUAGGUUCAAACCCACCCUGGGGCAGCUAAAAUGACAACUGCAAAAACAAUAAAAAAAAAAAAAAAGGCUGGGUGUUACGGCCGGUGCUUGUAGUCCCAGCUACUUGGGAGGCUGAGGCAAGAUAAUUGCUUAAGCCAAGAGUUGGAGGUUGCUGUGAGCUGUGAUGCCGCGACACUCUACCCAGGACAACAGCAUGAGGCUCUGUCUCAAAAUAAAAAAAGUGGGUCUGGACCUUCUACACUGAUUUCUUGACCCAGUGAUAACCUGCAAAGCACAAAUCCAGGUAGUGCACUCUAAAAUACACAUAGGAAAUCAGGCUCCUCCUCUCCAGCAACCUCCAACUUUCUCACUCAAGGUUAUUUUGCAAGCACCAACUGCAUACUGAUGUUUCCUUUAAUUUUCUUUUUUAAACGGGCACAAUUCAUGCUCUUUACAGAAAACUUGAAAGAAAAAUGGAAAAGCAGGAGCUCUCCUCUCAGCCCUGUAGAUCUGGCCUCAUCUGGAAGGAGGGGCUCCAGUAUCAGGGUCAUAGGUUUUCCAGAGAACCUAUAUUUCAGAUAAUAAAAGUUGUCUUAGAACCAACACUUAAAAAAAAAACUCACCCAUUUGAAGGCAGUUUCUUUCAUUCUCCUUUCUUUUAUAAUUGAGAUAUGUCACAUAUCAUAAAAGUUUACCCUUCAAAAAACUGUGCAGGCCUGCCAGGUGGCUCACACCUGUAAUCCCAGCACUUUGGGAGCCUGAGGCUGGAGGAUUGCUUAAGGCCAGAGGUUCGAGACCAGCCCGAACAACACAGCCAGACCCUGUCUCUACAAAAAUAUUAGAAAUAUUAGCUAGGCAUGGUGGCACAUCUCAGCUGCUGGGGAAGCUGAGGCAGUUGGAUGCUUAAGCUCAGGAGUUUGAGGCUGCUACGAACCGUUCAGCCACUGCACUACAGCGGGGGCGACAGAGUGCAACCCUGUCUCUAAAAAAAAUAAAAAGUAACAAUAAAGUGUGCCAUCCAGUAAUCCAGUGGUGGUGGCAUUCUCACAAACUUGUGUGCGGACCCCACUCCUGGGCUGCAGCGCAUUCGCCCCCGAGGCGCACGCAUCCUGCUCCGCCGUGCGUUGACCUCUGUCACGCUGUAAUUUGAAUCGCAGCACCAAGGCAAGCUAACACCGUUCUGCUCCGCCAGGCCUUUACUCAUUUUGGGCCCCAAAGCCAGCGAUCGGAGUGACACGCGAUGCCAAACGCAGACCACACGCGAACUGGGUCGCGAGCAGGCAGCGCACAAACAGGAAUGUACUUGGGCGCGUGCGCGUACUAGUGCGCAUGCGCCAGGGCCAGUCCAUUUCCUGCGCCGACCCCCGGCACCAGUGGUGCGAUCCGCGGUGGGGCGGGGCCAGGGCGCCGGCGCGAAAACCGGCGGGAAACGCGCGCUGCCUCCUUCCCGCCGCCGCCAUGGAGCAGUGCCGAGUCACCGACUUCUUUGCGUGCCGCCGCCCCGGGCCCCGCGCCGUGCCCGCGCGGGCCAAGUUGCCCUGUCGCACCCCGAGCCCCGCCGAGCCCGCACCCCGAGCCCCGGGCUCAGCCCCGAGCGGCAGUCGCAAGCGCGCGCGCCCGUCCGCCGACCCCGGGAGCCCCAAGGCCCCGCCGCCUGCGCGCAGGAGGUUGCGGCUGUCGGCCGACGCGGGAGAGACCUACAGCUUGGGCUUCUCAGCUGACUCCUGCCCUCGAGCCUGCUCUUCUCUGGGCACCAAGGUACAGAAAGUCACCAUCUCAGCAGAUCAGCUGUCCCCCUUGGCAGCCUUGCAGGACAAGGUCCCCCCGACGGACACCAUCUCCGAGCUCCAGUCGUGUCUGCAGCGCGCUCGUGAGCUGGGGGCGCGGGUCCAGGUGCUGAAAGCCAAGAAGGAUGCUGAGAGCCUCUGCCUGCUUGAGACUGAACGCCCUGCAGAGCCACCAUGUAGUGAGAAGCUGCCUGCCUACCAGCGCUUCCAUGCCCUCGCACAGCCCAGUCCCCCGGGACUGGUGCUGCCCCACAAGUACCAGGUGCUGGCUGAGAUGUUCCGCAGCAUGGACACCAUAGUGGGCAUGCUUUACAACCGUGCAGAGACUGUGACGUUCGCUAAGGUCAAGCAGGGUGUCCAGGACAUGAUACGCAAGCGCUUUGAGGAGCACAAUGUGGGCCAGAUCAAAACUGUGUAUCCUGCUUCUUACUGCUUCCGUCAGGAGCGUAACAUCCCCACCUUCAAAGACGGUGUCAGGAAAUCUGAUUACCAGCUCACCAUCGAGCCGCUGCUGGAUCAGGAGACCAGCGGUGCAGUCCCCCAGCUCACGGCCUCCCACAUCCUGCAGCGACGGCAGGUCUUCGGCCAGAAGCUGUUGGAGCGAGCCAGGGAGCACCACAAAGCCUUCCUGGCCUCCCUGAGCCCCCCAAUGGAGGUACCUGAUGACCAGCUGACCCGCUGGCACCCACGCUUCAAUGUGGACGAGGUGCCGGACAUUGAGCCUGCCAAGUUGCCCCAGCCACCCACUCUGGAGAAGCUCAGCACUGCUCAGGAGGUGCUGGCCCGGGCCCGCAGCCUGAUGUCACCCAGGAUGGAGAAGGCCUUGAGUCAACUGGCCCUACGUUCAGCUGAGCCCAGCAGCCCAGGCCUGCUAGCCAGCCCACCUGCCACCUCCCCUACCACACCAACUGGUGCCCUAAAGGGGGUGUCCCAUGACCUGCUGGAGCGGGUACGGGCCAAGGAGGCACAGAAACAGUUGGCACAGAUGACGCGGUGCCCAGAGCAGGAGCUGCGGCUGCAGCGGUUAGAGCGGCUGCCCGAGCUGGCCCGUAUGCUGCGUGGCGUCUUCGUGUCUGAGCGCAAGCCAGCGCUCACCAUGGCAGUGGCCUGUGCCCGGAUGGUGGGCAGCUGUCACACUUCCAUGAGCCCUGGCGAGAUGGAGAAGCACCUGCUGCUCCUGUCCGAGCUGUUGCCUGAUUGGCUUAGCCUCCACCAUAUCCGCACUGACACCUACAUCAAACUGGACAAAGCUGCAGACCUGGCUGGCAUCACCAUGCGCCUGGCUGUCCUCACCCGCGCUGAGGAGAAGCUAUGAGCCCAGUGGCUGCUGCAGACCAACCCGGGCUCUGGACAUGCUGGUCAGAGCCCACUUGUGCCUUUUUAUUUCCUUUAUGAACUCCAUGUACUCGGCUCUUCUCACAUCCCCAGGGAUCAGGCUGGACAUGGGUUGCAGGCCCAAGGAUAGUAGGUGGGUCUGUGUCCUUGGUCUCAUGAAUAGCGUGUUUAUAUUAAACUGGUUUCUGUAGGUGA